GCAAGCUUAGGUAAUGUUAGCUAGGUUUGACAAGAAGCAGCCUGGCCGGCCGGAGAACAGCCCUCACCCGCGGCCUGCGUCGCUGUCGAUGUAACUGCAGAGAUUUCUUCCGUCUGCACCAGAGGAUUGUGGGUAUUGUUGUUUAGCGGCACGUCGUGGUUACAGCAUGGCAGCGAAACAGAAAAGAAAGCUGGAGGACCUCAGCAUGGACGAGUUCCUGUUGUCAGGUUUUGAGUCUCCUAAUGAUGAUGUUUCUGAAGAAGACACUCCUAAAAAGAUAAAAAAGAAAGACGUCAACUCUAAAAUAAAUGAGAAGGGCAAAGCCUCACAGCACAAGGAGCAACUGUCCCGCUUAAAGAACAAAGAUCCAGAGUUCUACAAGUUUCUGCAAGAGAACGACCAGUCGCUGCUGAAUUUUGAUGACACUGACAGUUCUGAGGAUGAGGAGGAGAAAAAGUACCAUAAGCUACCAUCUGCAUUGGAGGAUGCCAACUCAGGUGAUGAUGACGACGAAGAAGAUGAGGAGGGCCAGAAAGGGUCAAAUAAGUCCAAGAAAGCAGCAGACACUAUCAAAGUCACAGAAAAGAUGAUUGAGGCCUGGAAGGCUGCGAUGAAGAAAGAACCCUCGCCUCGUCUCUUUAGAGAUGUCACACAGGCCUUUAAGGCUGCUGUCGCCACAACGAAGGGUGAGGGCGGGGGUCAGUGUCGGUAUAAAGUGGCUGACAGUUCAGUGUUCAAUGCAUUGGUCCUGUUCUGUAUCAAAGAUAUUUAUGUGGCCCUGCAGAGGAUGCUCAACCUGAAGUCAGACAAAGAUCAGAAAAAAGUGGUGUUCCCUUCCUCUAGCCCAAAAUGGCAGAGGAAUCAGAAUGAUGUUAAGAUGUAUCUCGGUGGAGUAGUUCAGCUUUUAUCCUGUCUAACAGAAACAACAGUCAUCACAGCGGUCCUGCGGCACGUCAACCAGCUCAUCCCUUAUUACCUCUGUCUGCCCAAACAGUGUCGUCACCUUCUCAAGCAACUACUGAAGCAGUGGAGCACAGGGGAGGAAACCGGUCGGGUUCUUGCCUUUUUGGCCCUCAGCAAAAUCUGCAGACACAAACAGGAAACUUAUCUCAACUCUGUUUUAAAACAAAUGUACAUUUCCUAUGUGCAAAACUGCAAGUUCACAUCUCCCAACGCCCUUCCCAUGAUUAACUUCAUGCAGAGAACUCUAACAGAGGUGUACUCCUUGGACACACAGGCCACCUAUCAACACGCCUUCAUCUACAUCCGGCAGCUGGCCAUUCACCUCAGAAACGCCAUGACCAUGAAGAAGAAGGAAACCUACCAGUCGGUGUAUAACUGGCAGUAUAUUCACUGUCUGUAUCUGUGGUGUCGAGUCCUCAGCACGCUGUACCCCAGUGAUGUUCUCCAGCCUCUCAUCUAUCCACUCUGCCAAGUCAUAAUCGGCACCAUCAAACUGGUGCCUACAGCCAGGUAUUACCCUCUGAGGAUGCACUGUUGCAGAGCCCUCACCCUGCUCUCUAGCAGCACCAACACCUUUGUGCCUGUUCUGCCUUUCCUCUUGGAGAUUUUCCAGCAAGUGGAUUUCAACAAGAAACCAGGCAGAAUGAGUAAGAAACCAAUCAACUUUGCAGUCAUCCUGAAGCUGAACAAAGUCAAUCUGAUGGAAAAAGCCUACAAGGAUGGUCUGAUUGACCAGCUGUACGACUUGAUGCUGGAGUACUUUCACACUCAGGCCUGCUCCAUCGGCUUCCCGGAGCUCGCGCUGCCCACCGUUAUUCAGCUGAAAGCUUUCCUGAAGGAAUGCAAAGUGGGCAAUUACUCCAAGCCGAUGCGCCAGCUGUUGGAGAAGGUACAGGAGAACAGCAGCUUCAUCACAGGACGAAGACAGAAGGCCGCCUUCGGAGUGGCUGAUGCUGCUGCUGUGGCGGCCUGGGAGAAGCAGCUCCAGCAGGAGGGGACUCCCCUUACCAGAUACUACAGCCAGUGGAAGAAGCUGCGGGAGAAGGAGAUCCAGCUGGAGAUCUCUGGCAAAGAAAGGAUGGAAGAUUUGGACCUCCCUGAGAUCAAACGGAGGAAGAUCCAAGAGAAGAAGGAGCAGGACAAGAAGGAAUUCAAGGGUCUGUUUCAGUCUGACAGCGAUUCAGAUGAAGAGGACACAGGACUCAAAAUCAAAAGUAAGAAGAGCAAUGAAGCAUCAGAUGAUGAUGAUGAUCUGGAAGAUCUGUCUGACCUGAGCAAUGACGAAGAGGAGGAGGGAGGAGACUCAGGUGAUGAUGAUAAUGGUGGUGAGGAUGAAGAGGCCUCCAAGACCCCUCAGCCUCUUUCCUCUGCUGCUCUGAUAAAGUUGGCAGAGGGAGAAGAGGAUGUGGUCGAAGACCUUCAGCUGUCUGAUGAAGACUAGGGUUCCUAGUUUGUGUGUCAUCCUUUUUUAACAUUUAAAUUUUCAGUAUUUUGGACUUUCAUUCUGUGAUUUAUAACUUUGUAUUGCUCCAUGUGCACAGUACAAAUAAGAUUCAAGAACCUACAGUGUUGUCUUGAUUUUUUUAAAGACUCUUGAAUUAUGGAUGUGGACCAGAAAAUAAAGGUGUUUGAUUAUGUGCA